AUGCCGUCCAUCCUCAACGACGACGACAAGGACACGGUCAAACGCCAUGUCCCCAAGCAGACCAACAAGAUCCAGGCCGUCGCCGUCGCCCGCCUCUACGUCGCCUACCCGGACAGGACGAGAUGGAACAACACAGGCCUCCAGGGUGCCAUUGUGCUGUCCAAUGACCUCGUCGGCAACACGUACUGGCUGAAGCUGGUCGAUGUUUCUCCUGCCAGCCGAGGUGUCAUUUGGGACCAGGAGAUCUUCGACACGUGGAUCUACAACCAGGACCGAACCUACUUUCACACCUUUGAAACCGAAGACUGUCUCGCCGGCCUCUCCUUCGUCGACGAGAAGGAGGCCAAGCAGUUCAAGAAGAAGAUGGACGACAGGGAAAAGAAUGCCAGCAGGGCCACCCGCUCAACCCCUUUCGGCGGUUCCGCUCAGCAGAGCUCCCAUCGCCACGGCAUCCUGGGCCUCUUCGGCAGCCACCGACACGCUGCCGCCCCAACACCGCCCGAGUCGCCUCGCAACCACCUGCCGCCGCCCGCGCCCCUCGCGCCUUCACAUUCUAGCCUUCCCUCGCUCGGACAUGCCAAUGGCCAGCGGUCCUCCGAAUUCGCCAUUCUCGAGGCCUUUGAUCCCCAUUGGCGGGAGAACUACGGCCAGGAGCUGAGCAACAAUGGGCUGGCGGACGACUUUAUCAAGGAGAAUCAGGAAUUCAUCGUCGACUUCCUCAAGGACGCGCAGCAGAAGAACGAGGACCCCCCGCAGCCAACACACCGCGCCGCACCGCCUGCUCCUCCCGCCGCGCCUACCUCUGCGCACGCGCCGCCGCCGCCGCCGCCUCCACCACCUGCCGUCAAUGGCAAUGACGCCCGCGGUAACAGGGUACCGCCUCCGCCUCCACCGCCGCCGCCUGGAGGCCACGGCGAUACCUCCGACUCGCCUUCGAACUCGAGGCGAGGCGCGCCGCCUGCGCCGCCUCCCUCACGCCGCCCCGUCAGCCACGAGCCGGCC